GGUCGGCGGGGCUAGGGCCGAGGGCAGGCGGCAAUGUCUGUGGAGAAAGAGGUUCCGUUCAAGAUUUCGCACCCGGGCGCGAAAGUACGGAGUAAGCAGUUUAGGGGGCCGCGGGGCCGCAGUAAGGCCCGGGCACGGGGCGCUCGGAGCAAAGCCAAGGCCCAAGUCCACAGGCGAUCGCCACCAGAGCCACUCUGCAAGAAGGCGCCAGUGCGAGAGAAAGAGAAGGUGUGGGCGCCCUGGAAUGGGCUCGUCGUGAUUGGGAAGAGAGUGGAACUCUUGGACAGAAACCUGCAAAAGUCUAAACUGUGGGACCCCAAGUUGGAAUCUGAGAACUGGAAGCUGGAAGUUGUGGGGAAGAAGAUCUCGAAAGAGAGAUCGACACAAAGGGUGGACACAAAGCUCCCGAACAAUGUAGGAAGGACAUCACAGGCUCCAGCAAGUUGGGAGGAUGACAGCUCAGAGAUUUGGAGACAGCGGGAGAACAGACUCAAAACUGGAUCUGUACCAAAGAGUGCAGAGAUGACAGAGUCUGAAGAAAGAUUGAAGUCUAAAGACAAGUUGAGGACCAGUGGAGGGGACUUGAGGUCCAGAGGGGAUCAACUGAGGCAGAAUGAGGAGUUGGAGUCAAGUGGAGAGAACUUGAUGUACAAGAGAGAGAAACGGGUGUCUUCGGGAGAGAAGAGAAGGUCUGUUGUAGAGAAAACAGACAGUGGAGAGAAACGGGGUUCCAUCAGAGAGAAGGUGUCGGACAGUGGAGAGAAACGGGGUUCCAUCAGAGAGAAGGUGUCGGACAGUGGAGAGAGACGGGUUUCCAUCAGAAAGAAGGUGUCGGACAGUGCAGAGAAACGGGGGUCCAUCGGAGGGAAGGCAUCAGACAGUGCAGAGAAACGGGGGUCCAUUGGAGGGAAGGCAUCAGACAGUGCAGAGAAACGGGGGUCCAUCAGAGAGAAGGUGUCUGACAGUGGAGAGAGACGGGUUUCCAUCAGAAAGAAGGCGUCGGACAGUGGAGAGAGACGGGGUUCCAUCAGAAAGAAGGUGUCUGACAGUGGAGAGAAACGGGGUUCCAUCAGGGAGAAGGUGUCAGACAGUGGAGAGAAACGGGGUUCCAUCAGGGAGAAGGUGUCGGACAGUGGAGAGAAACGGGGUUCCAUCAGAGAGAAGGUGUCGGACAGUGGAGAGAAACGGGGUUCAAUCAGAGAGAAGGUGUCGGACAGUGGAGAGAAACGGGGUUCAAUCAGAGAGAAGGUGUCGGACAGUGGAGAGAGGCGGGUAUCCUCCAAAGAGAAGGUGUCGGACAGUGGAGAGAAACGGGGUUCAAUCAGAGAGAAGGUGUCGGACAGUGGAGAGAGGCGGGUAUCCUCCAAAGAGAAGGUGUCGGACAGUGGAGAGAGGCGGGUAUCCUCCAAAGAGAAGGUGUCGGACAGUGGAGAGAAACGGGGUUCCAUCAGGGAGAAGGUGUCGGACAGUGGAGAGAGGCGGGUAUCCUCCAAAGAGGAGGUGAGGUCAAGUGAUAAAAAGAGGUUGAGUGGUGAGAAAUUAAGGUCCAGUGGAGAGAACCUAAGGACUGGCGGUGAAAUUUUGAGAUCCUCCGAAGAUAAAGUGGAGUCAAAUGUUGAGGAAGUACAAUCCAAAGAGAUGAAGCUGGAAGAGCAAUCACUAACCAGAAGUGUCAGCAUGGAAGAGCAUUCGCUAACUGGAAGUACAGCCGAAGAGGCUACUGAAAGAGUGAUAAAUAUUAUUGGUGAUGAAAGUAUGAUGGAAAAUAUGAGUCAGGAAAUGCAAAUUCCUUCUGAAAGUGUAGAAGGGGGAGAUGAAGGAGCAGAGAAAGGGGUGGAAAUUGACAAUGUCGUCUUGGAUGAAAUGGUAGAUACUGCUGAUGGAUCUGUUCCUAUGGAAGAGAAAGACACAAGCGGAGAGGGUUCCCGGGAAUCAGGUGGAUGAAGAAUUGAAUGUCAAGAAGGAGACUGCAGAAGUACUGAAAAUCAAGGAGAAGCUAGAGCAAAGCAAAACUUUGAUGGCCCAGAAAGGGUAAACAUGAGGGAGGAUUCUGGACCUGAAAGGAGCUUAGGAAUGAGCAGAGUUAUGAGUGUGGAGGCCAAGCUGAUAUCAAGGAAGGGAAGAGUGGGAAGGAGGGAAAUUGAACAUUUUAUAGAAGAAAAAAAGUUUGGGAAUGAAUGCUAAGUACAAGGAAACUGUUGGAGAAAUGAGUCUAGAGUGGGCUGGGCUUGGCAGAUGUACAUGGUCAGGCAUAGUAGAUGUAGGAGGAUGUAAAAAAGCAGAUAAAGGAUGGACCUGGAGGACUGUGGAGAAGCAGCAAACAGAUGAGGUGUCUGAUGAGGACACCAAUACCCAAGGGGCUCCUGCAGCGAAACAAAGGAAGAGAGUGACAAAUUAAAGUGAAGGAACCAGGAAGCCACUUCCUGCCACGGCGAUGAGACCUAUGUCUACCUGUGACCAUCAUUUGAUUCCUCUGGUGACUCUCUGUGAGCUGAGGUAUUGUCAUCUCUUUAAAAGACACUUUCUUGGGCACAAGAUCAAGACAGCAUUUGCCCUUGUAUGGGAAAUGAACUGCACAUCAGGAUAUACAGACUCUGACCAAAUUAUCAGCUUUCUGCUCUUUGGCUGGCUGUUAGGUGCCAGUCCCGUGGUUCAUCUGUGUGCUGAUUCAGCAGACGCUUAUCCAGCACCGGCACACUACCCAUGGGUAAUGCUAUAUGGGACACUGGGGAGAAAGAUCUUCCAAGGAAAUGAACGGGGUCACGUGAGGAUGGAAGUAGGAAGGGGCAGACUUCCAGAGCAGACCUGCUCCCCAGGCUUUCUCCUGAUGCCCUUCCACACUUGCAUCUGGGCUGUUACAUCCCAAGACACCCUUUCCUGAGUCCUCCAUCUGCAUCAAAGGAUAACCAAACACACCAGUGGACAAAGACCCACUCCCUCAGAGGAGCCACUCAGUCCAAAGGCAUUUGGAAAACAGAAGACAACAGAGAUGCUUUAUUAACCAUCAGACAGGCUCCCUCUCAAAGUUUCUGGUAUGUGGAUUAUUGUUCUGUCUCAAAUUUUGCUGCUGCUCAAGAAUUUUUGACUUGGCCAGGAAAAACCUCAGACUCCCAGCCUGUUCCUGCCCUUGUCUUAGUACUUUAGACAGUGGACUUGGACUUGGUGUCAAAAAAUUACCAGCCCAUUUGGUCGAAGUAGGACCCACCCCCAGCCUUAGCCACACCCAGUCAGCUGUCUUCAGGCUUACCAGGAAAACUGGGGCCUAGAGAAGGAUGUGGAAGGAAGAGAGAGAGGUGAGGCACUGUCCAGGGGCAGGGCAGGAAGGUCUUUAAUGGAACAGCUCAGAGAACAGGGUGAGUCUGCAUCACCACCCCCAGAACCAAGGCACAGAGGAGGUUUGAAAUGUCCAGGAUAAAUAGAAUCAAUAGGGUUGGAGAAAAAGCCAGCUCCAACCCUUUUAAAAAACAGUCUUACUGUGGGCACCAAAAAUAUAUUAAUAUCUGUACAUUUGUCAUCUUUUAAAAAAAGGAACUAAAACCUCCUUGGCACCGUGUGGUUGGUCUCU